UGGAAUGUGCAUCCCUAUCGUGCACCCACAGUAUUCCAGCUUGUAGCCAUUGUUGUGGCAACUGUUUGUCGUUUGGCGUUCUUAAAGAGAGAAUAUAGUUCUAGAAACCCAUAUCCUAUUUGCGAUUUAACGUUAUCUUGUGUUAUCUGCGCUGAAUCUUGUGGUUAUCCCCUCGCUUUUCUUUAAGCUGUGCCAAUGAGCUGGCAGUCCAGCACUCAGACUCACCGUUUCGAAACCGUUGCGGUCAUCUUCGGCGAAGUGGAUGUGCUGGAAUCGAUCAUCCCUAUCACGAAAGCGGGCAAAGUGCCAAGCUGCAGAAAGUCCAUAUAUAUGUGGGUGGUCUUUGGAAAACUGGUGAUGCACUUACCGCGACUGAAUUCAGAGCUGCUCAUCAGGUGACUGGAUUCGAAGCUCGAGCUGGAUAUGGAUGUGGCUGUGCUAGAGAAUUCGGGAUUCCGCUGUCUAUGAAGCAUGCUUGAGCUGUAGCCUGGAUAUCUGACAGCUAAGGCAACGGACAAUUACCCUAAUUGGGCAAACACUUCAUCGCCUAUCAUCAUUGAUAUCGGACUCCGGACCUUCGAGAUCUUGAGAUCUAUAAGUACCCAUAUCUGAAGAUCGGAGCCCCUUGAAGCACUGCCCUAAGAAACGAGUACGAUUGGCUAUCUGACUAUCUGGCUAUCUUAGGCAAGGACAUCGUCUAUAUCUCGCUUUCGCUUCGCCUUUUCAGGCCGAUUACUUAAUCGGCACAAAGUGCGAUUCGGUAAGCCGCGUGCCGAGUUGUGCGAUUGGCCCACCUAUUAGGCUGAGCGAAGAGUUUCUCGCCCAGAUACAACGCCAUCACAAUCCAUGGAUACGGGAUGCAUAAUAGCUGGCCGGGGAUACGAGUACUCGAUGUCUGAGUGUGUCAACACGCAACCCGCUCAAUCGACACACAGACCCCCAAUGCCUUGAUGGCUUUAAUUAAGUGUUACUCAAUCGAUCGCAUAGCUGGCAUUAUGAAGACUAGACACCAUGCAAUCUGUAGCCAAUGACGCGUAACGGAUGUGAAGCGAUCUCCGGGUUCCCAACAUGACGGAUAAAAAAAAUGAAAUACAGCCAGCGGCUGAGCCUGUGGCUGAACCAGAGCCUUCUCCCGCGGCCGAAAUAGCUCCUGCAAGUCCCGAUGGCUCCGGUCCAAGUGCUGCCGCUGCAGAAGAAGUCACCCCGAGUGUUGCGACCGUUGAAGACACUACCCCGAUUGCAGCCCCUGCAGAGAGUCAACCGUCCGGCGAGAGCAACGGCACGGCGGAGGCCAAGAAGCUGCCCGAGAUCGCUAAAAAGAAUGGCAAGGAGCCCGACCAGAAUGACAAGGAGCCCGACCAGAAUGGCAAGGAACUGGCAGAGACCAAUGACUUCAAGAACGUCUCCGAGACUGAGGGUCAGCAGAAGAAACUGCCCUACCCCAAGUCCGUGUUCUUCAUCAUCAGUAACGAAUUCUGCGAACGUUUCAACUAUUACGGCAUGAGGACUGUUUUGGUUCUGUAUCUGAGUCGAGUUCUGGGCUAUUCUGAUGAUACCGCCACCGUGGUCUUCCAUAUCUUCACCAUGUUCGUGUACUUCCUGUGCGUUUUUGGAGCCAUCAUUUCGGACUCUUGGCUGGGAAAAUUCAAGACUAUCCUGUAUUUAUCGCUGGUUUAUAUAUGCGGAUCGGUGCUGCUGACCCUAGGUGCCAUUGGACCACUUAACCUGCCCAUGGAAACGUUUACGAUGUUGGGCCUGGCGUUAAUUGCCCUUGGUUCAGGCGGCAUUAAGCCGUGUGUGUCGGCAUUCGGUGGCGAUCAGUUUAAGGUGCCGGAGCAGGUGAAGCAGAUCACUUCGUUCUUCUCGCUCUUUUACUUUUCGAUCAAUGCCGGAUCGCUGAUCUCCACCACGGUGACUCCAAUAUUGCGCGAGGACGUGUCCUGCUUUGACGACAUUAACUGCUAUCCAUUGGCCUUUGGAGUACCGGCCGUACUUAUGAUUGUGUCGGUGAUCAUCUUCGUUUUGGGACGAUCCCUGUACAAGAUGAAGCCACCGGCCGGAAAUAUGGUGGUGCUUGUGAGCAGUACCAUCUGGACAGCCCUGACCACCAAAUGUAAGGAGAAAAAGACCAAUCCGCGGGAGCACUGGCUGGACUAUGCCGAUAAAAAGUACGACCGCCAGUUGAUUGACGAUGUAAAGGUCCUUAUGCGAGUCCUCUUCCUCUACCUGCCACUUCCGGUCUUCUGGGCACUGUUUGAUCAGCAGGGCUCCCGUUGGACCUUCCAGGCCACCCGAAUGGACGGCGACAUGGGCUCCUGGGACAUCAAGCCCGACCAGUUGCAAGUGCUCAAUCCUCUGCUCAUCCUAAUCUUUAUACCGUUGUACGAUGUGGCCCUCUAUCCGGCCCUGAAACUAGUGGGUAUCCGACGACCGCUGCAGAAACUCACCAUGGGCGGCAUCCUUGCGGGCAUUGCUUUCAUCAUUUCCGGAGUGGUGGAGCUUAGCUUGGAGAAAACCUAUCCCGACCUGCCCUACAGCCAGAACAUCCAACUGCGCAUCUUCAACGCGGACAACUGCGACUACUUCUUCACUUCGAACAUUCCGGGAGCGGAAAAUGUGACGGUGACCUCGUUGAAUGCCUAUACCAACAAGGAUAUUUACGCACCCGGUUCGCUGGACGUGGAGUUCUCGCUCAGCAGUGCAAGUGAAGCUUGUACCAUUAGCGCUGACAAAAUACCUAAAGUCCUUACUGAUAAUACGGCUUGGUCUCUGUUCCUCAAUCCGCUAAAUGGUAGUGGAUACUACUGGGAGGAGGAUUUUGUGGACAAGCCGAGCCAGAGCCAUCCGCUGAUCCGAAACGUCGCUAAUGUGCCGCAGGAGCUGUCAAUUCGUUGGGAAAAGGCUAGCACGGGAGAGGUGGUCUAUGACGACCUGGCUAGCAAAACGUUGCUCACGCGUGUGAAUUCGGCGGAGUAUGUAGUCAUGGUGGGCGAAAGGAACGUCGGAACAUUCGAUGUUCACACCGGCGGCGUGUACACACUCCUGAUUAAAGAUAACAACAACAUUUACGAGGCCAAUUUGGAGGAAGUGACGAGCCCCAACUCGGUAAAGAUCCUUUGGCUGGUGCCGCAGUACGUGGUGAUGACCCUCGGCGAGGUGAUGUUCUCGGUGACGGGACUGGAGUUCUCAUACGCCCAGGCACCACCCAGCAUGAAGAGUGUCCUGCAGGCCUGUUGGCUGCUAACGGUGGCCUUCGGCAACGUCAUUGUGGUCGUCAUCGCCGAGGCCGCCUUAUUCGAAUCGCAGGCCAGCGAGUUCUUCCUGUUCGCCGGCCUCAUGUUCGCCGACAUGUUGAUCUUCAUGGUGAUGGCCUACUACUAUGUGCCCAACGAUCCGAACAAGGUGGAGGAGGCCCAGCCCCUGACGGCGGGUGAUGCCAAAACAGAGAUUCCCGCUCUCGAAGGCGGAGUCGAGAACAAGGGCAAGGACAUCAACGAGUAGACCUCAAACCGAUUCGUCCUGCUUGCUCCCGCGUUGUGUAUUAUAUAUAUAUAUAUUUGUACUUGUAGAUGUGUAUAUGUAUGUAAAUCCUUAGUGGCCUUUGUCCAUUUCCAAGCUAAGUGUAAGUGAAGCUGCGACCGGGCAUUGUUGCAUAUGAAAAGACAUCCAACUAGUUAAUCUAAUAAAAGAAAAUUAAUAAU